UCCAUCUUGCUUCCUUAAUUUCUGUAUGUACGCAGUUUGAGAGAGUAGGCCUGUGGAAUUUAAAUACAUUAUUGCAAUAUUCUGGCACAGAUAUGUAUCUUGACACUUAAAUGUUAGAUUUUCUGGUGUUGUCUAAACCUAUUGAAUCGUUUUCAUAGAGUUGUAUGGUGAUCACAUUCCUAUAUUAUAUAAAUCUUUUGAUCUCGCUACGAUACGAAGAACCUGCCAGGCUCCACUCAUCUGGGUGGUGGUGGUGGUGUGCACAGAGAUAGGAAGGGCUGAGUCUUUGGCUUGCGGUGUUUCAUUUUUGCGAUACAUAAUAUAGGCUAGGCCUAUGGGCUCAACAUUCAAUCAGAAGAUAUUAAAGAAAAUAUAUAAAGUGAUAUUGCAUAGGCUAAACCAAUUUGGGUAGGCCUAUUAUCAUGUAAACUUCGGAGAUACCCUUGUUCCGAACAAUCCUAGACGUAGGGUAGACAGAGAGGCUAACUUGAUUCGGAAAACAAGUUGUAUUCUAUUCUUUAUUCCUCCCCAGCCCAACCAAGAGGCUGCCAACCAGGCAUUUGCAGUAAAAAUUGAAUUGAAAGACAUUUUGUAUAGUUAUAAUAUAUGGUGAAGUGUUCAUAAGGGAAAGUUAUAAUUACAGUGCAAAAGGUAAUUGUUGGUGCAUAAUUACAAUUUUUGCUAAUAAAUACAUACUGAAAUUGAAAGGUUGGAUCACUGUCAAAUGUGUUGGAGGCUAGGCCUACAGCCUGCAGUUGAAGAACUUAAUGAACUCGAAAAAAUGAUGGUUGUCUAAGGAAGAAUACCUUGCAAUUUUGAGCAUUGCAUUGUUCUAGGAUUAUACACGACAUGUCAUAAUGGCCUCCGCAGCUGAGCCUGAAAGUGAAAAUCAUACACAGGCUCCAAGCAAAUGGAACGGACAAUUUCUGGAAGGCCUGAAAAAGGUCCAGAAGCAAGUUCAUCAAUCUUUGGAUAUAACAAAUGAUGCGUUAAAAUAUGUAGAGUCUUUAGUCAUCAAAUUACUGACAAUACUUCUGGCUAAUGAGCCACACAAUGUACUGGAAGUAAAUGAACAGAUCCAGAAGACUUUUCCAAACCCUAUUGAUAAAUGGGCAAUAGAGGAAGCAUCCAUAGCUAUUGAAAAGGGAAAGAAGAAAUCUAAUGUUUUAGCACCCCUUGAUAGGACACACACACAACUAAAGGAAACACUUGGAUACAAAAUAGAUCAACAAGUGACUUUGUAUAUAAUUGCAAUUUUAGAAUACAUAGCAGCUGAUAUCCUAAAGCUUACUGGAAAUUAUGUGAAGAACAUUAGACGUCUGGAUAUCACAGACCAAGAUGUUAAAGUUGCCAUGUAUGCAGAUAAGGUUUUGAUGGAUAUGUUUCAUCAUGAUGAAGAACUCUCUGUAUCUACUUUGGAUGAUGAAACGCCAGUGCGGUGUGAAACUUAUGAUGAAAUUGUAAAAGAAUUGGUGCUUGAAGAAACGCAAUAUAUCCGAGACCUAAACCUUAUAAUUAAGGUGUUUCGGGGCUUUAUCAGCAAGCAGUCAAAAGUGGCUAAAGAGGAAGUGGAAGCGAUCUUCGCAAACAUUCUUGAUGUUCAUGAGUGUUCUAUGACGUUGCUGGGAUACCUAGAAGAUGCUUUGGAAAUGGUGGAUGAGAAUAAUCCAAAUCCUUCCAUUGGUGACUGUUUUGAAGAACUAGCUGAGGCUGCAGAGUUUGAAGUCUACUCAUCAUAUGCUCGUGAUAUUAUGAGCAAAGAGUGUAGGGAGACUUUAAGUCGGUUGCUUGCAAAACCACACAUGUUAAUGUACUUUGAAACUAUCAACCACGGUUUUAAGGAUGCUGUAGCCUAUGUACUGCCAAAACUGCUCCUAGAACCUAUCUACCACUGCUAUCAUUACUUUGAGACAUUAAAGUUGUUGCUGAAAACUUCUCCCAACGAGGAAGACAAAGAAAGCCUUAAACAGGCUUCUGGAGCACUCAUGACAGUGCAAACGGAACUUGAAAGGAUAUGUGUAGGAGGUUUACCAAAGAGGCGAUCAGGGGGUUCAUUUAUGAGACUACAGAGGCGAAGUGCAGCUAAGCAAGCAAGUACCGAGAGGAUGAACAGUAUUCAGAAAAGCAUUGAGGGCUGGGAAGGCAAAGACAUAUGCAGUGUGUGUAAUGAAUUCAUUAUGGAAGGAAAGUUGGGAAAGGUUGGCAAAAGGAUGACAGAAAGACAUGUGUAUCUGUUUGACGCUAUGAUGGUUUGUGUGAAAUUAAAUGCAAGGAGGUCAGUGACAAGUACUGCAGCAGAGUAUCGAUUCAAAGAAUGCUAUCUUAUCAGAAAAAUUAAUGUCAUCGAUAAAGAAGAUACUGAAGAAAUGAAACAUUGUUUUCAAAUUGGCCCACGAGACCAGUCGCCUCCUGUUGUCUUCUUUGCAAAGUCAGCUGAAGAAAAGAGUAAUUGGAUGGAAGCAUUGACAACAUUGUCCUAUAGAGGUACAUUGGAGAGGAUGUUGGACUCUAUAUUAGCUGAAGAGGAAAAGAACCAACCAUUAAGGUUACCAUCUGUUAGUGAAUACAGGUUUGCUCUCGAAGAUUCCAAAUUAAACAUCGUGUUUGAGGAAGGUCAAAAGUCACAAGCUGGUGUUCCUGUGAUUAAAGGUGGCACGUUGUUGAAGCUGAUUGAGCGACUAACCUAUCAUACAUAUGCUGACCCGUCAUUUGUGCGCACCUUCCUCACAACUUAUCGUUCAUUCUGUACACCUCAUGAGUUGAUGGAUCUUCUCAUUGAAAGGUUUGAUAUUCGAGAUCCUGUAAAUCCAGACCAAGAUAAAGGGAGUUCAGACCGAGAGAAGAAUCACAUGCGUGAAGAUCUAAAACGAUUUAAGAAAGAGUAUGCACAACCUAUCCAACUCAGAGUGCUGAAUGUGUUCCGUCACUGGGUAGAUCAUCAUUACUACGAUUUUGAACGAGAUCCUACACUUCACAAACGACACUCAGAUUUCAUCAUCACUGUGAAAGAAAAAGCAAUGCGCAAGUGGGUUGAAUCAAUAAAAAAGAUUGUAGAACGAAGAAUGGAGCCAAAUGACUUGCCUCGAGAAAUUACCUUUGACAGGGAGCCCCCUCCGAUCGAAUGGCAUCUUUCGCGCAAUGUAGAGGAUUUCGGUCUCAUGACGUUGCAUCCCAUUGAGAUUGCUAGGCAGUUAACAGUACUUGAGUCUGACCUUUAUCGUGCUGUCAGGCCAUCAGAACUUGUAGGGACUGUUUGGAUGAAGAAAGAUAAGGAGGUGACAUCGCCAAACCUACUAAAGAUGAUCAGGCACUCUAACAUGUUUACAUUUUGGAUAGAGCACUGCAUCGUGGAAGCAGAGAAUUUUGAAGAAAGAGUAGCGGUAGUGAGCAGAAUAAUUGAAAUUCUUCAGGUCUUCCAAGAGUUGAAUAAUUUCAAUGGAGUGUUGGAGAUUGUAAGUGCAAUGACAUCAGCAGCGAUAUAUCGACUGGAACAUACAAACAGGGAGUUACCACCAAAGAAAAAGCUAAUACUGGAGGAAGCGCAGGAGCUGAGCGCAAAUCAUUACAAGAAGUAUACCGAAAGGCUGCGUUCCAUUAACCCGCCGUGUGUGCCUUUCUUUGGAAUGUAUUUAACGAACAUUCUAAAGACAGAGGAGGGUAAUCCUGACUUCCUGCCAGACUCCUAUGAUCUGAUAAACUUCAGUAAGAGACGACGGGUGGCAGAAAUUACGGGUGAGAUUCAGCAGUACCAGAAUCAACCUUACUGUCUCAUGGUUGAGAAGAAUAUCAGGCAAUUCUUUGAGAAUUUGAACCCACUGGGAAAUAAGACAGAGACUGAAUUCCAACAAUAUAUAUAUGAAAAAUCAUUGGAGAUUGAACCCAGGAGUACACAAUUCAAUAGGCUUCCAAAAUUUCCAAGAAAGACUACAUAUCCCCUCAAGACUCCUGGUGUAAAACCAAGCAGAGCGCAUUUCGAUGCGCCAAGGAUAGCACCAACACCGGGCAGGCAGAGAGUAUCUGAAAAAGGAAGGGAUUCACCAUCAUCACCACACACACCAACAUCUCCGACCUCUGGAGCUUCUUUUGACCCAAGUUCAAGCGUACAUGCUUUUGUUGACAUUCCAGCUUCAGGAAAUAGUAAAAGCCAAGUUGGACAAACACCAAGCACUGAUCCUCCACCACUUCCACCUCGACCGCCCAGGAAUCUGCCACCAUUACCCCCAAAACCCACCACCAAUAGACAACCACCACCUGUGCCCCGCAAGCCCUCAAAUUCAAAUGGAAUUCCACAGUUACCCCCGAAAACGUACAUGUAUACGCAGUCAGUAAAUCAGAAUUCCGGAUGGAGAAAUAUACCUUUGUCUCCGGAAAUAGAACGACGAAACAUUCCAAACGAACCUUCCUCCGCCAAUAGAGGCUGGCAUAUGUCGAACACAUUUUGCGCCCAACAGGAAACACUUGAGAACUUCCCCAGGAAUCUUGCGGGUGGCACCCAACAUGUGUCUCACAGUCAACAGCACCUGCACCCUCCGUCACCUCCCAGGUCGUUUCGCAACUCCUCAGGCACACAUGUAGCCAUCCAUAUGACUGGACAUUAUAACAAUGAGGGUAGCGAAAGGAGGGGAUAUUUCCAUGGACCUCCCACAGAUAAUGAUAGAAAUCCUGGUCCUGGUGUUUGACCACAGUGUGCAGUUGCCACACUGCUUGACUCCUAGCCUAGUUUCACAGGCCCUGUCUAAUUGAUAACACCUUCCCGUUUGGUGGUAUUAUAUGUGUUUGUCAUGCGUGCUUGUGUACCACGAUUUUACAGAGGAGAAACGGGAUAAAAAAAUUACAGAGAGCAAACUGAGUAUAUCGUAGUAUCCUUGGAUUUAAUGAAGCCAGCAUUUUUGUUUGAGUCAAACGACAAACAAGUUUUGCGAGAUGUUCCUGUAUGUAUGUGAGAUUUUACUACUAUCAUAUAAGACUGAUGUUGAUCACUCAUAGCAACUUGAAGAUGAAACACAGAAACAUUCUUAUUUCUUACCAGUGUUAUAUGCAAAUAAAUUUCAAAGAAAAUCCAAGAGCAAGUAAGCAUUGUUAUCAACAUAUUUUACAAAGCAAGCUCUUCGGUAGAAGCACUAAUAAGAAUGGCAAAUACAGGACCGUCAUAGUGGACCACAUAUCGGAUAUAUAUUGAGCAUCAACUCUGCCAGCGACAAAAGACAGUGGGGAUUUUUUUUGUGCAUCAAUAUGUGAACCCUGCUUUAUCCUGAGCAGUUACAAACAGUGUCAUUUAUUGCUCACUUAUGUUGUGUACUGUCAAGACUUCUUAACUGGCAGAUUUCCGUAACUUAUUUGCUGUACUGUGUAUGUUACAGCCAGCUUUAAGAUGUUGCUAUGAGGAUCGUAUGGAUAAAAUACAAUUUUACGUUUAAUUUCUUGCUCUUGUGCAAUAAUAUAACACAAUAUCUUAUUACCUGAUCAUUUCCAAGAAUAGAGAGAGAACAAACAAAAAUCUAUGUCAGAUAAGAUCAACCAUUGAAAUUGCCCACGUUUUUGUAUAAUGAUAAUAAGAAUAAUAACAGGAUUCGUAUUUAUUCUCUACAUUGAAUGAUUAUUAUAAUUGUAGAAUUAAUUUAAGCAUAUUUGACAGUUCUUUGUUUGUAAUGCAAGAAAGUCACGAGAUUCGUUUUGAAAACGAAUUGCGAGAAGGUCAUGUUCCUAGUCAGGAUGAAUAAACAUAGUUCAUUAUUGAAUGUAGUGUCCACAUUAAAUUACCACUAUGUUCUUAAAAAGAUAAAUACAUUCCCUUAAUUCUUUUAAUCAUUUUCACAAAAUUCCUCCCUGCUGUAUUUAUACACUGCCCUAAACAAAUAUUCUGUGUCACCAUUUUUUAUCAGCAAAUGCAGCAUUUGUAUUGUUGCAUGAUCAAAUCAAGUGAAUCGCAGUUUCUGGAUUUAAAUGAAUACAGUAUUCUGUAUUUUGUUAAUCAUGUACAAAGUAACUAGGAAAGAAAAUCUGAGAAUUCUUCAUGUCUACUCUUUUAUCCAACCUGUAUUCUCGAAUAAUAGAAUUUAAAAAUUACAGUUAUUUAGAAAGACAAAAGAGCAAACAGAAAAAUGGGGGAUUACAAUAGAUUGUAGAAUGUGAAUGCAAAUCUCAUUAUGUGUGCUUAGUUUAACAUGGUUUCAGUAUGGCAAUUGUUAAAACAGUUUCAUUAUUUUAAUUUGAUAAUUUUGCUAAUGUCAAUUUGCUUUUAUUAUAAAUAUUAUUGAUAUAUAAAUAUUACUUUUUUUUUAAAUUCGGCUACUAAUUCUAAACUUUAUUGUCUUUAGUCUUAUUUUUAUUAAAUUAUUAAAGUAAACUAAUUGAAGAAAAUAAAUUGGUAACUACAAGUCUUCAAAAGACUACAUUCAUUGUUUAAUACUGAACAUCGUUUAUUGCUGUUCAAGGCAUACAUUUAGGCUGUUAUUAUCAAUCAUAAUCGUUCUCUGUUCUUCUGUCUAUGUAAAAAAUGUGCAUCUACCAUGAUCAUUAUUUAAAGUUUUAAAAUACUACAUACUAACUAUUGCAAUCUAUCAGUUUCCCCACCACUCUCCCCCUCCCCCUUUGUUCUAGUUUUAGGAUCAAACUUGAUUUUAUUGGCCUCCUUGUCUGCACUCACACAACUGCAGUGAGAAGUUUUGCAACAUUAUGGAUUUAUGACAUAAUUAAAUAUUAUAUUUGACAAUUUAGCAUUUUGUGUAAAUAUUUUGAUUACAUUGAAUUAGUUGUGUACAUUACCAACUUACAGAGUAAAAGAAGUUCAAGGAUUGUUUGGCCCAAAAUCUGAGGCUGGACCAGCUGUUCUCCAACGUUUUGCCAAUGACAAAACAACAAAACAAUCAUCCAGGCAGUUUGCCAUGACACACUUCUGAGACAUUUAAAAAGGGUCAUUAAUUACUGAUAACCAAAUAAAAUGCACUCUCUUUACUACAGCAAAUUUUAGCAUGAUAUAAGGAUAGGAUAAUUUUUAAUUCUAGAAAUCUCACAAAAUUCAAUAUUAAUCUUUAAAAAAUUAGCUUUCACUGCAGUUGUGUUACAUCACACUGGCAGCGGCACACGGUGGUCCUACCCAACAAUUUUAGUGGGCCGCCAAUGUUAAUCAUGAAAAUCUAUAAUUUGAUGGCAUCAGAUCUGAGAAUAAAAAGUUUAUUUUUGUUUAGUUAUUUUUAUUUUGGCAAAAGCAACCACGAAAGAGCAGCAUAGCCAAUUAAAUGGAUAAAACUUUAUUUGAAAACUGAUUAUUCUCGAAAAUCAUAAGGAAAAAAUAUGUCAUUGUCACCAGAAUUGAGCAUAAUGAACACAAUUAUUAUCAUUUGUUGUUGUAACGUUGAUGUUAGUUACAAUUAGCAUCAUCAUGGUUAUUUAGUCAUUACCAUCAUUAUUGUCAUGCUUUUAUUUGUAUUGUUACUUCUUUCAUCAUUUUCAUUUGUCAUUAUUAUAUUGUCAUUAUCAUUAUUUGUCAUUACUGUCCCAUCAUCAUAUUCAUCAUCAUUUUUAUUACCAUCAUCACUAUUUUGUGUCAGUCAGUACUAUCAUCAUCUUUUGUCAUACUACCAUUAUCACUUUCAUUAUUGUCAUUUGUCAUGAAUGUCAUUCAACAGUGUUGCUCCCAUCUUCAUCAUUUGUCGUCAUCAUCACCACCAUCAAUGCUAUUUUGUCAUUGUCAUCACCAUAUAUUUUAAUCUUGUAUCAACAACAUUUUUAAGAGCAAUGACAAUUAUUUAUAAGAUAAUCAAUAUUCUCAAUUAAAUGUAUUUUCCUUAUGUAUUUUUAGAGCUUAAUAUUAUAAUAUGCUUUAUUCGUGGGAAAUUAUGAUAUAAAUCAGAUGAAUUUGAUCAAACUAGAUGCCUUCAAAUAUAUUUUCAGUUAUAACAAUCAUUCUUCGUGUCAGCUUCACAAGUACCUUGGGGGUUUUUUUUGUGUGGUAUUUUCCUCAAAAGAAAUAAUAUUAUUGGGGUACAUUGCAUAUAACAUGUUUUAUAUAUUUGCCUAAUAACGUUUCUAAUCAGGGUUGUAAACAAGUACUCUACAUAAUUGCUAUUUAUAUCAAAUCAUGAAUAUUAUACCAACAUCUGAUUGGUGGAAAUUGGUUUAUAAAUGCAUUAAAAUGAAUGUAACUUCAGUUAACUUAGAAUUUCAAUUGAGCAAUAAUUAACCUCCCUAUGUUACUAUUUCCAAGCGGUGCUGAAUAUUUUGAUAGUCAAUGUGUUGCUGUUUUUUACUGUGUCAGUGCCUAUGAACUGUGUUAUGAUUUUAAUGUGUAGCUCAUGUAUCUUUCUAAACUAGCUUCACUUUGUAUCACUGAUAACAAAAACAAAAGAAUUUUAAAACCUUUAAAAGUAUUGUAGUUAACUUGAACUAAAUAGCACCUAUACCUUUAAUAUGAGACAUUGAAUACAUUGAAGUGGGAACACUGCAUUUAAGUAUAAAAAAUGCAUUUUGAUUUCCAAUGUUUUACUGUUUAUUUUAAAUACAUAUGUUGAUUUUUGUUUUAUAUUUUUUAUACUUUUAAGUAUGUUUUUUUUUUUUCAUUGUAAUGCCUAUUGUUGUUAUAUUGUUAUUUUCAGUUAAAUAUCAGUAUUAUAAUUGUUUUAUUAUUCUAACUGUAUUUUAUUAUAUAAGUAUUAAGACUUUAGAGGUUCUCUAAAAGGGAAUUAUGGCUUGAAUUCCAUCACUUUUUAUAUGAAAUACUGAUACUGUAUCCUAUCAUGUCCAGUACAUGUACUGUAUCCCAUCAUGCUCAGUAUAUGCACUGUAUCCCAUCAUGCCCAGUACAACUACAGGAUCCCAUCAUGCACAGCCCAUGUAUUGUAUCCCAUAAUGCAUACAUGUACUGUAUCCCAUCCCAUCAUGCAUGGUACAUGUACUGUAUCCCAUCAUGCCCAGUACAUGUACAGGAUCCCAUCAUACACAGCCCAUGUAUUGUAUCCCAUAAUGCAUACAUGUACUGUAUCCAUAGAGAUAUAAUAAGAAUACUAGAGCGCUAACAGCAAUGUAUUCGAUGUUCGAAAUACGCAGAGCUGUGUGUGUGUACCAUCCAAGAUGGCUGCCAUAGAUUCAGCCAAUUAAAUUUCCCCUGAGCGCUAUCUUUUUCAAUUGCGCCCUCAAUUUACACAGAAAGUUCAGUACAGCUAGUUACCCGUAUUUU